AUGGAAGCACUUUUGAAUAUUCGUCCCGUACGAUUGUCCGAAGACGUACGCGAGCUUCGUAAGCUCUAUGACAGACUCCAAGCCCACAUUCGCGGACUGAAUGUCCUAGGUGUGAGUGAAGACUCUUACUGUUCACUGCUGUACCCUGUACUGCUACGCUCGUUACCGAGAGACAUUGUGCUGCAAUAUCACAGAAAAUCGGCAAUGGCAUCCACCCCGGUGGGAGUUCCAUCUGAUAUUCAAGCUGGAGACAGCGCCGGAACGACAAGAAUUUCUGACCCUGCUGUGAGGCAAUACCGGAAGAAGGUGUCAGACCUACUUCAACUGGUUAGAAUUGAAGUAGAAAGCCGGGAGCAGGCAACAUCUACCCAAAAAACCGACGACAAGGGACAGUACAAGACUUCUCACGACCGCAAACGCCAGCCAACAGCUUCAGUAGCCGCACUGCAGCACUUGGCUGGGAAGACACGCUGCACAUUCUGUUCGUCACAACAGCAUGAGACGGAGAAUUGUGAUUCUGACAUUCCGUUAACGAAGAAAAAGGAGAUUCUCAGAGCUGAGCGGAGGUGCUACCGAUGCACUAAACUUAAUCAUCAAUCCAGGGAGUGCAAGAGCAGGUUGCGUUGCAGGAAAUGCACAGGCCGACAUGCAGCUUCAAUGUGCGAUCCAAGCUACGCGUCGAAAAAAGGAUCGAAAGAAAUUGACGGGGAUCAGGACUCUGUCGCAACGCCAACGACGUCCGUUAGCCUACAUUCAGCUGCUGACAAUUCAAGGAGGGCUACAGUUCUCCUUCAGACUGCGACGGCUAUGCUGGCUGGAGAAAUAUCCACGACACUUGCCAGAAUCAUGUUUGAUGGCGGGAGCCAGCGGUCCUUCAUAUCAAGGAGGAUGGCGAAGAAACUGGGGUGCAAGUAUUUGGAGACCGAGGAGCUUACGGUUGAAGUGUUUGGAGGCCACCUCACAGAACGGAGCUUCAGGAGAGUACGAUUGUCAAUGAGCAGUCGUAAUGGAGAAAAGAGCUUCGAGAUUGAAGCAUUGGAAACCGACAGCAUUUGCGAGCACAUUCUUCCGAUGAUUGACAAAGAUAUACAAAGCAAGCUGAACGACAAGAAUCUGGAGCCAGCUGAUGUUAUUCAGACCGAUUCCAAAGAGAUCGCAGUGCUCAUAGGAUCCGACUAUUAUUGGGAAGUCGUCAGCGGGAAGGUGGAAGACCUCGGCAAGGGACUGAGGGCCAUCGAAACGUCCUUCGGCUGGUGUGUUCAGGGUCCCAUCCCGACAGGCGGAAAUGUUGUACACUGUAACAAGACGGUAGUGCUGCGGACGGUGACGCAAGAGCGGCCACUGGAAGAGCUCGUGACAAAGUUGUGGGAUUUGGACAGCCUGGGAAUACGUGAGACAGAAAACGAUGAUACGAGGGAUAACGACGUUGUAACGUCGUUCAUGGAGACUGUGGUGAAGGUCGAAGAUGGCUAUCAAGUAUGCCUACCGUGGAAAACGGAAGUGGAUCUGGAGAGCAACGAGGCCGUCGCCCGAAAGCGACUUCAUCAACUCCUGAGGAAGCUUACACGUGACCCACAGCUCAUGAGCGAGUAUGACAACGUCAUACGGCAGCAGCUACGCAGCGGUAUUGCGGAGGUGGCAAGCCCACAUCAAUCAUCGCAGGGCAGGACGUACUACAUGCCCCAUCAGGCGGAAAUAUCGGGUGGCUAUGGUCGCUGA